UAUGGCUUAUGCCUACUGGAAAAGCGGUAAAAUGUCAGAAACCGCCGUAUUCGAUUUAUUCUUCCGCAAAAAUCCGUUUGGUGGAGAGUUUACCAUUUACGCUGGUUUAAGCGAGGUGCUGAAAUUCCUAUCAAAUUUCCGAUAUUCUGAGUGUGAUAUUGAGUAUCUACGUUCAGUCCUUCCACCAACUGAACCAGCUUUUUUUGACUACCUCAAAACUGUCAGCACGAAAGAUAUUAAGUUAUACGCAGUUGAAGAAGGGUCUGUGAUAUUUCCAAAGGUACCUGUUAUGAGAGUUGAGGGUCCAUUACCGAUUGUUCAAUUGCUGGAGACGACAUUGUUGAAUUUGACAAAUUAUGCAUCCUUAGUUGCGACAAAUGCCGCAAGAUUUCGUUUGGCGGCGGGAAAUCAAAAGGCCCUAUUAGAGUUUGGUUUAAGAAGAGCACAAGGACCCGAUGGAGGUCUUUCUGCUUCCAGAUAUUGUUAUCUUGGAGGAUUUGAUGGUACCAGUAAUGUUUUAGCUGGUAAACUAUUUGAUAUUCCUGUUAAAGGAACGCACGCGCACGCAUUUGUGACGUCUUUUACAAAUUUGGAAGAAGUAAAGCACGCAACUCUGGCGAGUAAAACUGGUGCACAAUCAGUUAAUCUUGCUGAAAAAACAGUAGAAUGGUUGGAAAAGAUUUCGUCUAUAUUAAAUAUAAUUCCUGGAGAAACUAAUAAAGGCGAAUUAGCCGCCUUUAUUGCAUACGCUGCCUCUUUUCCUUCGUCCUUCCUUUGUUUGGUUGAUACGUACGAUGUACAGAGAAGUGGUAUGCCAAAUUUCUUGGCUGUAAGCUUGGUUCUGCACUCAUUGGGAUACCGACCGAUGGGCGUUAGGUUGGAUAGUGGCGAUUUAGCCUAUUUGUCCAAUAGUGUUCGAAGAGCUUUCAUGACAAUAUCAAUGGAACUAGAAAUUGAUUACCUUGCUGAUCUAACGAUUAUUGCCAGUAAUGACAUUAAUGAGGAUACAAUUCAUUCUCUUAAUCAACAAGGACAUGCUAUUGAUGGCUUUGGUAUUGGUACACAUCUAGUCACGUGUCAAAAGCAGCCUGCACUGGGAUGUGUAUUCAAAUUGGUUGAAGUUGGAGGUUUGCCCAGAAUUAAAUUGUCGGAAGAUGUCGAAAAAGUCACUAUGCCAGGUGCAAAGAAUGUAUAUAGAUUGUAUAGUCAAGAUGGCCAUGCAUUAGUGGAUCUUUUGCAAAGAUUAGACGAACCGGCUCCAAAAGCUGGCGAAAAAGUUUUAGUCAGACAUCCUUUUCACGAAUCUAAACGAGCCUACGUCUCACCUACUCGAAUUGAGCCUCUUUACAAAUUAUACUGGGCUAACGAAAAACUGCAGGAAAAUUUACCACAUUUGAUAGAUAUUCGCAAUCAUGCAAAGCAAGAAUUGGCAAAGAUAAGAGAAGAUCAUAAAAGAGCACUGAAUCCGACUCCCUACAAAGUAUCAGUGUCAGAUCGUCUUUAUAAUUUUAUUCAUGAUCUGUGGCUGGCUAAUGCACCUAUUGGCGAACUAUCAUAG